AUGUCCUUCUCCCACCCUCGUCGAAGGACUCCGGUGACUCGCCCGGACAGCGACACCGACAAUGCCCUGUCCCUUAAGAACAGCUCUACCCUCCGUAAGGGUGCGACAUUUCACUCACCUACUUCAUCAUCCUCGACACUAGACAACACAUUUGUCCCUCCCACGCUGCCUCGGGCUCAGUCUCACUUGGACGAUGUCGUCGAUGCCAACCGUCGACGUGUGGCUCUGGCUCUGAACGACAUUGACGAGGCUCUGUCCUUGGAUCAGCUCUCUCUGUCGCCAAAGUCUAAGAUCAAGACGCUUCGGGACACCAGUCUCCCCAUCCCUCGCGGCUUCCUCGAGGGACCUAUUGUCGACCCCAAGAUGACAAAAGAAGAGGAGAGGCGCGUUCUGCGCCCUCGCUCUGUUCGCCAUUCACGGCACCAUGAGUCUGACAGCGGUUUGGGUACAUCGGUGGCUUCCACAAACGAGAAGCGGGGUGCAGUCACUUCGGCAAAGAAGGAGGCAAAGGUGCAAACACGAUCCGCCAUCACAAGAUCCGUUGCCGCAGCAUCGGAAAAGCUUCCCUCUCUGGGGCCCAAGGCUAUUAACCGCAUUCACGAGCACACUUUGCGCCCUUUGUUGGCAAAGCCGACUCUCAAGGAGUUUGAGCCCAUUGUUCUUGACAUCCCGCGACGAAUUCGAUCAAAGGAAAUUAUUUGCUUGCGAGAUCUGGAGAAAACAUUGAUCUUUAUGGCACCGGAGAAGACCAAGUCAGCAACUUUGUACCUGGAUUUCUGCCUUACGUCCGUGCAAUGCAUUCAAGCGACCGUCGAAUAUCUCAGCGACCGCGAACAAAUUCGACCUGCUGACCGGCCUUACACUAACGGAUACUUCCUCGACCUGAAGGACCAGAUUCUACAAUACGGAAAACAACUCGCCGCAAAGAACAGCGGUGACGAUAUGGAUAUCGACGCAUCUGACGAGAUCAAACUCAUCGGUGGUCUCCACGAAGGUCGCCCCGUCGAGCUCGUCCGUGUCCGCAAGGACGGCACAUACAUCUCUCUGGACACUGGUAAGCCUGUUGAGGUUGACAGCGACUCGCCAAUGCAAGUAAAGCGAUCCCUGAGCCAGCAGCUCGAGGACGAGGAGGAGAUUCAACGAUCCAUGGCUCGCCGCAAGAAGAAUGCUUCACCCGAGGAGCUAGCUCCCAAGAAGUGCCGCGAGCCCGGCUGCAACAAGGAGUUCAAGCGUCCUUGCGAUCUUACCAAGCACGAAAAGACUCACUCUCGCCCUUGGAAGUGCCCUGUCCCGACUUGCAAGUAUCACACCUAUGGAUGGCCCACAGAGAAGGAAAUGGACCGCCACCACAACGACAAGCACUCUGCUGCCCCUGCCAUGUAUGAGUGCAUGUUCAAGCCUUGCCCUUAUAAGUCAAAACGUGAAUCCAACUGCAAGCAGCACAUGGAGAAAGCUCAUGGCUGGACCUACGUUCGAACCAAGACCAACGGAAAGAAGCUACCAUCAGUUGCUGGCAGCGUUCAGCAGCAGACUCCACCCCUGGGCAACAUGUCAACGCCUUCUUCUACUGAAUACAACGGCGUGCCCACUCCUCCUCAGAACGACGUGACACAAUUCGUUGGCGACUUCCCUCUCUACCCCAAUGACUCGGACUGGAUGUCAAUCAACAACAUUCCCACCGAGACACUCCACCUGGAUCUGGGCAUGGAUUCCACCUCGCCUGCUUCGGCUAGUUCCUACGAGCAGUAUGCCCCAUACCAGAAUGGUUCGGCCUUCAUCCUGGAUAACGAGGACCUCUAUGCUGCCCACAUGCAGCUUCCUGCUCAGCUACCCACACCUGAGCAACCUGUCAUGUAUAACCCCAACCUCAAGAUGAUGCAACAGCAAUUGCCUAUGUAUCAGCAACCCCAGCAGCAGAUUCCCAUCCCGACUGUUGCUCCUCACUUUUCGCCAACUGGUCAGGAGACAGCCAUGCUUUAUACUCCGAAUUCAUUACGGGAUGUUGAUGAAGGUUUUGACGACUCCUUUGCAGGAGACGGCAUGGAUUUUCCGCUCUUCCCUAACGACAAUGGCAAUGGUAUGACCAAGACCAAUGAAUAUCAGUCGCUGUUUGGUGAGAUCCCUAGUGCCAACCUGGGCUUCUCCCAGAACUCCCAGGACAUCUUUCAGAUGAUGGACUGGUCAAACGUUGAUUUGCAGCAGAACCUCGGAGAAUAG